GACCUCCUAGCGGGUCCCGGAAGUGUGGCGUCUCUCCCCGUUGUCUGCGAGCUCGGCCGGACCAUGCUGACUCGGCUGAAAGCAAAUUCAGAGGGGAAGCUUGCAAAACAGAUAUGCAGAGUUGUGUUGGACCAGUUUGACAAACAGUAUUCCAAAGAGCUUGGGGAUUCCUGGAAUACAGUAAGGGAUGUUCUAAUAUCUCCAUCGCUGUGGCAAUAUGCCAUCCUCUUCAACCGAUUCAAUUAUCCCCUUGAGCUGGAAAAGGACUUAUAUCUGAGGGGCUAUUAUCCAGUCCUUCAAGGGUCCUUACCGUAUUACCCUAAAUCAAUGAAGUGUUACCUCAGCCGAACUCCAGACAGAAUGCCUUCGGAACGACAUCAGACUGGAAACUUGAAAAAGUACUACCUCCUCAACGCUGCCUCUCUUCUCCCAGUCCUGGCUCUGGAACCAAGUGAUGGGGAGACCAUUCUGGACUUGUGUGCUGCUCCUGGAGGCAAAUCAGUGGCUCUGCUGCAAUGUGCUUAUCCAGGUUAUCUUCUUUGUAACGAAUAUGAUAGUCCGAGAGUGAGAUGGCUGAGACAGACGUUGGAAUCUUUCAUCCCACAGUCUUUGACAAAUGCAAUUAAAGUGUCGGAAUUGGAUGGCCGAGAAAUGGGAGAUGCCCAGCCUGAAGCGUUUGACAAGGUGUUAGUUGAUGCUCCGUGUUCAAAUGAUCGAAGCUGGCUGUUCUCGUCUGAUUCUCAGAAGGCUGCCUGUAGGAUCCAUCAAAGGAACAAUUUGCCUGUCCUACAGGUAGAGCUCUUAAGGUCUGCAAUUAAAGCCUUACGGCCUGGAGGGCUACUCGUGUACUCCACAUGCACACUAUCCAAGGCGGAGAAUCAGGAUGUAAUCCAUGAGAUCUUAAGCUCCCACAGUACCAUCGCGCCUGUGGAUAUUAGUGGAAUGGCAAGGACCUGCUCCCAGGAUUUCACAUUUGCCCCCACCGGCCAGAAAUGCAGUCUUUUGGUGAUUCCCGAAAAGGGCAAAGCUUGGGGCCCAAUGUUUAUAGCCAAACUGAAAAAAAGCAGUGAGUACAGGAAAAUGGCACCGUGGAUUUUGUAAGUCUUGUUGAUAUGUUAUUAUAUGCCUAUUAUUUGAUCUCACUACAUGUUAGUAUUAAAAUAAUUACAGAGCCACUCUCCCAAGGAUCAUUUGGAAUUCUGUUUAGUUAGCACUUCAGCCCGCUAGAGCAUAGGCUUAAGAAUUUUUAGGUACAGUUUUGUUUCUCAAAUAUAUGUAUAGUGAUGCUUUAAAUUGGGACAGAUGGUACUGCUUCUGUUCUAAUCAAUGUCUUGUUUUUACUUGGUAAAUUCAUUAGAAUACAUGGUUCUGUACAUCAAAUGCUUAGGACUGUAUUCUGUGUCAUGGGUAUUUAAACCUUUCCCUUAAAACGGGAUCUGCUAACACUCUUACCAUUUUCCUCAUCAAAUGUGCAGAUUCUUUUUGUAAGAACAAUUGCUAUUCCAAGGCUAACUUCUUAAGCAGCAGAAUUUCUAGUUCUAGCAAAAUAGGUUUCUUAUUGGCAAAGUUGUUUUGUGCUAAGGACUCUCUUCUGUUUACUGCAAAGGUCAGUGACUCUAUUGACACCAGCUUCAUUUAUCCCCCAUUUUCUUUUAUUCACAAAUUGAAAGGGUAGAUUAUGUUGAAAGGCCUUUAGAACAGCAGAUUCACACGCACGAGUUUGACUUUCGACAUUCAGCUUGUAAAAUAAUGCAGUCUAUCCAACAGGCUAUAAAACAAGUACUUGAAACAAAACCAGAAUGAUUAAUAACGGCAAUAACUGAACUAUAUUUGGAGUGCUUUGUUACAUAAUUGCAGUCAUAAUGAGUACUACAGAAUCUGAUUAUCUUACAGUUGCAAUCUGGAGGGACUUUUUAUUUCACUUGGUUAUAAAAUGUUAUAUGAGAGUGUGAUGUCACAUAUUAAUGCACAAGAGAGAUAUGCCUAAUGAGAGUAAAUUAUCUGUUACCAAGACCCCAAACCAUUCACUGAGUGGCUCUCUCUAUAUAUAUACAUAUCCCAAGAGUUUUGUGCAUGCUUCUAUAUAUGUGCCUGGGGUUUUAGAAUCAAUUUUCAAUCAUGGAAUUUUCUUUAGAAAUUGUUUCUCUUGGAAACAAUUUGUGAGGCUGAAGCAGAAGGAUUCCAAGUUCAAAUCCAGCCUAGGCUGCAUAGCAAGACCCUCUUUUAGAAAGAGUUAGGGAGGACAAAGGAAGGGAAUGAAUGAGGGAAGGAUAGAACAUGAGAAAAAAGUUACAAAGCACACUUGAAAUUAGAAAUUAGUUUUUAAAUUUUUUAUGAUUUAUUUAUUUUUAUUUUACAUGUAUGAUUGUCUUGCCUGUGUGUAUGUGUAUGUACCACAUGAAUGUCUGUUGCCUGAGGAAGCCUGAGGAACAGGGCUUUGGUUCCCCUAGAACUGGAGAUACGGAUGACUGUGAACCACCGUGUGAGUACUGGGAAUCCUCUGAUCUACAAGAGCAACAAGCACUCUUAACUGCUGAGCCAUCUCUCAAGACAAAAAUAAGCUUAAAAAAAUCAGCUAUGGAACACAAAUUUCCAUGGAAGAAGAAUAAUAUAUUGUUUGUCUGUUCUGUUCAUUAAGCUAUUCAGUACAUACAUUUUGUUUGGCAAGGAUGUGUAACUGGAUUCAAAUGAAUGGAAAAUCUAGGAAAAGUUUUGGGAUUUCCUUUGUUCUCUGCAGUGUUUUAAAAUAUAUCUGACCAGUGUAUUUAAAGUAAUAAUUUAUCUUUUGGGCCCAUCAAAUGUAUUCAGUUAAUAUCAAAGAUUAACGACAGAAAGUGUUUAGUUUGACUUAGUGGGGUUUUCCC